UGUAUUGCGCGUCACUCGCGACUGCACCGCGCACGAUGAGCGUCGUCGUACUCGCGCUGUGUGUGACCAUCUCCGCUCUGCUGUACUACCUGUCUGUGAGGAAGUUCAGCUACUGGAGGAACAAGAAUGUGCCGCAUCUUAAACCGCUGCCGCUGCUGGGCAACUAUGGCGAAUACAUUUUAAUGAAGAAAUAUGUCGGCCAUGUCAGCCAGGAAAUGUGUCGUAAAUUUUCGAAGGAAUCUUAUUUCGGCGCAUUUUACGGCACGGAGCCGACCCUCGUGAUCCAGGAUCCAGAGAUCAUCAAACUGGUGUUCACUAAGGAUUUCUACUAUUUCCAUAGCAGAGAAAUCGCAAAAUACACGCCUAAUGAAGUGACAACACAAAACCUCUUCUUUACGCAAGGAGACAAAUGGAAGGUGGUGCGACAGAACUUAACACCUUUAUUCACUUCGGCAAAAAUGAAGAACAUGUUUUAUUUGGUAGGAAAAUGUGGGCAUACAUUGGAAAAAUUGUUGGACGAAGAAACAGCGAUGUCAGGGACAGUUGAAGCAAAGUCCUUGAUGAUUAAAUAUACGAUGGACUGCAUCGGUUCCUGCGUUUUCGGGAUCGAAACAGGCGCGAUGGAGAUAACCACAGAAAAAAACGUAUUCGUUACGAUGGGUGAAAUAAUUUUCAACACUUCAAAAUUCCACGGCUACAAGCUGGUGUGCCGCGCCAUCUGGCCAAAAAUAUUUUACGCGUUAGGAUUCAAGUACUAUUCCACUGAAAUAAAUAUUUUUUUCAAGAAUCUUUUGAUGGGUGUUUUCGAAAAGCGGGACUUUAAGCCGACAGCGCGCCACGACCUUGUUGAUUUAGUGCUUGCUUUGAAGCAGAAGAACCACAUCAUCGGAGACAGCUUAAAUUCGAAGUCUAUGGACAAUAAGAAGAUAGAAAUGAAAGUUACCGACGAUCUGCUCGUGUCCCAAUGUAUUGUGUUCUUCGCUGCAGGCUUUGAAACAUCUGCAAGUACAUUAUCGUGUGCUCUAUAUGAGCUUGCAAAAAAUCAGGAAGCGCAGAGACGAGCUCAGGAGGAGGUGGACGAGUACCUGCGCCGGCGCAACAACAAGUUAGUGUAUGAGUGCGUAACCGAGCUGCCGUACAUCGAGGCGUGCCUGAACGAGACCAUGCGCUUGUAUCCCGUGCUGCCGGUAAUCACGCGAGAGGUGGUCGAGGACUACACGUUCCCUUCAGGCCUGCAGGUGGACAAAGGCGUGCGCGUGCACUUGCCAGUGUACCACCUGCACCGCCGCCCCGAGUACUUCCCCGAACCGGACUCCUUCCAUCCUGAACGGUAGUACGGGGACGCCAAGGAUGACAUCAAACCCUACACAUUCUUCCCGUUCGGCGAGGGACCGAGGCAAUGUAUCGGUUUACGCUUCUCCAAAAUGCAGACAACGGUCGCCAUGAUCACGGUUCUGAAGAAAUACAACGUGGAGUUGGCAGAAGGCACACCCACCAAGCUGGAGUUCUACCCUAGCACGUUCCUAACCCAUCCUAAUGCAGCGCUGAACUUGAAGUUCAUACCACGCGACGGAUGGGAACAGAGAGUUUACGCAAAAUAAUUAUCAAAAUUUAUGUUUUUUUUGCUUAUUACAAUUAGAUGAAUAAACGAGCAUGCCGCUCGCCUGAUGGUAAGUGAUACGUCCGCUCUUAGACAGUUGCAACACCAUGUAAAAUUUAAGUUAACAAUGUACUGCGUGGCAAUGGACUUGUCGCUUAGUGGCAAGUUGUUAAGUAUCAUAAUGGGUAGAAUUACACUGGCUACAGCGA